AUGCUGGCGACUGCGCAGGGCUGGAACGACGCAGAGAAGGCCCUGCAGCUGGCGACGGCGCUGCGUGGCCAAGCUGUGGAAGUGCUUGGCCACUUGUCGCCAGCUCAGCGUGCCUCGUAUCAGGGUGUGGCUGAGGCGUUGAAGCGGCGCUUUGGACACCACCUUCAGGCUGAGGUGUACCGUGCUCGCCUGAAGAGGAGGACGCGUGGGCGGGACGAGACGCUGUCGCAGCUGGCGCAGGACAUGGAGGCGCUGGUAAGGAGGGCGUACCCAGCGGCCCCGGAAGAAAUGAUUGUGGUGCUGGCUCGCGACUCGUUCGUAGACGCCCUGAAUGACCAGCAGUUGCAGAUCUACGUCAAGCAGGCGCACCCUGGGGACCUGCAGGUGGCGUUGGCGAGGGCCUUGGAGUUCGAGGCCUUCAUGAAGACAUCGGGCAGCUCUGCAGCGGCCGCCCAGCCCCGACGGGACCUCCAGGGCCGGAAGGCGACGGUGGAGAAGAAGGCGGCGUCGAGGGAGGCGAGCCCGGAUGGGUUCCGUGGCUCCUGCUGGAGUUGUGGCGAGAGGGGGCACAAGCGCAGUCAGUGUUCGAGGGGGCGAAGGACGCGUUCCCUCGACCGGCUGAGCUCCGACGCCUUUCAGCCCUGCUGCAAGGAGUGUGGCAAGUCAGGCCACCGUGGAAGCGCCUGCCCCAAGCCGAAGGAAGUGGCGCAGGCGGGAAACUCCGACAGGCUGGAGAAGGGGGCCAACACCCAGCCGUCGGUCCCCGGGCCCCGUGCUGUGUAA